AUGUCCAGCAUUGUGCGCAGUGUUGGUACCCGGCGAGCACGCCAUUUAAACCGCUCAGCCGGUAACGAAGCACCGUCGCCGUCCAACCUCUACGGCCGGUACCUCGACGUCCUCCUCGCUCGCCGCGGAAUGCACCCGCCGAACAGGUACCCGAACACACCUGAGUUUUCAGGUACACUCCUCGGCGCAAAUCCGGAUUCCACAGCGCCAGCUCGCCGAGCCGACCGCGCCGCCGCGACUGUACCGGACGGGCGGCCCAAUCGAGCGGUACCGGCGGCCGGCGGGCGCGCCAGGUCGACGGUUCCGCUGGCCGGGCGCAUUCCGACGGUAUCGGUACCCGACCCGCAGCGGAGAGUCGAACGCCCGGGGAAGCUCAGUUGGAGAACGCCUUCGCCGGCCGACGGGAUAGACGUCCUCUUUGGCGUUCGCGGAACACGUGGACCUGGUGCCGUUUUUUCCACACACCGCAUUUUGUCCAAUACGUUUACAUCGGGCGGUUGUUGGUACUGGUUUCUAAUACGAAUUUCGGCUGCUUGUUGUUGUUGUUGUUUGUGGAAGGGUUUGUUAUGCGUGCGGUCGACGAGUGCGUUCCGGAAAUCCGAUUGAAUGCACGGUGAAAGGGCGCCGCUUUUCCCUGAAGAGAUGA